CAUGGAUUCGACAUGGUCGGGCCUUCUGUCUGGAAACAAGUAUCCGCCAGAGGCGGCACGAUAUAUAUAGUGACCAACGCCUAGAUGUCCAGCUCGUCCCUAGAGAGUCCUUCUUCUGCAGAUCAGUCUUUUGAUACUCUCUGAGGAUCGGCCAAAAUGUCGCAGCUCAAAGAAGAGAAGGCAAUCGACACCAUGGUUGAAGACGUCGAGACCACCAAAACACCCGUCGCGGACGCCACAGCUGCGGCAUUGGGCAACAAGGCAGAGACCGAGUUACCGUUGGGCAAGGCCUUCUUGUACUACCGCAAAGCCGUGGCGUGGUCCUUGACUAUCUCCAUGGCAACUAUCAUGGAAUCCUACGACAUCCAGCUAAUGAGCUCCUUCUUCGCGUUCCCGCAGUUUCAGGAGCGAUACGGCGAACGCCUUCCAAACGGCAAAUACUCCAUCCCAGCAGCCUGGCAACUGGGGCUGAGUUUGGUGGGCUUGCUCGGCCUGAUCAUCGGUGUGUUCGCCAACGGGAGCCUGGCGAACCGUUUUGGGCCUCGUCGAGUUAUGAUGAUCUCGUUUGUCGUCUUAACCGGCUUGAUCUCAAUUUCCUUCACGGCGAAGAACGUUGAGUCGCUGCUUGUCGGCUCUCUGUUAUGUUCAAUUCCCUGGGGCAUCUUCGCCGCCGCAACGCCUGCUUAUGCUGCUGAAAUCGUCCCAAUGGCUUUGAGAGGCUACCUGACGACGUAUGUCAACCUCUGUUGGGUAAUUGGCAGAAUCCUGGCCACUGGUGUCCUUACCGGCACGCUAGAUAUACAGUCUCAAUGGUCAUACCGGAUCCCGUUUGCGUGUCAGUGGAUAUGGCCUGUCCCAUUAUUUUUCGCGACGUACUUCGCUCCGGAAUCGCCUUGGUGGCUAGUCCGUAAGGGCCGCAACGAAGACGCAAGAAAAACACUCGAUCGGCUUGUAUUGGCUCCACCGGGGGCCGUCAACAAUGAUAACGCGCUUGCUAUGAUUAUGCAUACAAUCGAGUUGGAGAGGAAGAUGGACAUUGGCGAAUCGUACUGGCAGUGCUUCAAGGGGACUAACCGGCGCCGCACCGAAAUAGCCAUGAUCUCUUGGGGAUGCCAAAUCCUUCCAGGCUUUGUUAUUCAGUCAUACACGACGUACUUCUUCUCGCUCGCCGGUCUUCCUUCGAGUGACUCGUUCAAGAUGACGCUUGGGACCUUCGGCAUGGCAUUUGUGGGAACCUGCUUGAGCUGGCUUUUGCAAUCGCGCAUGGGUCGGCGGACCAUCUAUCUCUCGGGUCUUAUUAUCAUGCUUCCGGUUAUGUGGAUCGUCGCCUUCCUCGAGUUCUCUCCACAAGCCUCAGGGCCGGCAAUCAAAUGGACACAAGCCGCGAUCCUCCUAAUCUGGUUCUUCGUCUACGGAAUUACAAUCGGCCCCAUCCCGUACGCCAUUGCUGCCGAAGUAGGAGCGGCGAAUCUGCGCGGCAAGACGAUUGCUCUAGGCCGCAACAUGUACUAUUUCCUCGCGGUCGUGAACACAGUCAUCUCCCCAUAUAUGCUAAAUCCGAAAGAGGGCAAUCUGAAGGGGAAGGCGGCUUUUCCAGCUGCUGUAUUCACCGCGAUCUUAGUCGCUUGGACGUACUUCAGGCUUCCAGAGACCAAAGGGCUAACUCAAGAGACGCUAGAUCAUCUGUUCCUGGAGGGUGUGCCCGCGCGGAAGUUCAAGGAGGAGGCUAAGCGCUUUCAGUAA